AUGGUUGGCACGCCGCUUCCUAGCCUCCUUCACCAGCAGAAACUGAUGAAAGACACCUUGGCAGCGUCUGGAAGGCAAGCCAAGCUUCUACAGCAUCUCCUCGCCGAUGUCUCCGCUGCACUCAUCGUAGGUUUUGGACUCGCGAUUAUCCUCGCGCCGAUUGAUCUUGCUAUGCUCCGAGCAGGCAAACCAGAGUCGCCUGGCGUCCUGAUCAUGCUCGGCUCCGUGUUCCAAGAUUGCGUUGUGUGCCCAGAGCUUGUGCUCCCAGCCGUCGCUUGGACUUGGUUCCUAUUCUCCGGCACGUACGGCACGGCCAAUGCCACACGCACGCUCUGUGAUUGGGCGGGCUGGCGUCCAGAUGUUAUGGUGUGGCUCUGUACCACGACGGUGAACUGUAUCGUCAUGUGCUUGAAGGAUGCAUACCUGACCGGUGGCAGCCUGGUGCCCCCCAGUGCUGCCAUAGUGGCAUGGGUGGCACGGGACCUGAUGUUCUCACUCGUUGUCUUCGUUCUACCAGACAAGAUCACUGGCCACCUUAGGAAGAAGGGCAUCACGACGAUCCGUGGUUUCCAGGUUCAGGACGUGGUUCAGAUUUUGCUGCCUCUUCCGCUGCAGCUCUUCACUACUCCGCUUCACUUUCUAGGCAUCUCCUUCGUCGCCCAUCCCGGGGCAUUGGGUGCGCCGGCGCGCCUCGCAGCCGCCUUCCGGGAGUUCGGCCUCCGUGUGGGCAUCCGCUGUGCGCGCGUGCUGGUGCCAUAUUGCUUCGGUGCAGUGGUCAAUCGCAAGCUGAGGACCUACUUCGCGAAGCUCCGUUCGUCGGAAGCAUCGGAGGCCUUGACAGCCACCAGUGGCUCGGAGCUUUCUCCUCGCUCUGGGCGAGCCUCGCUCGGGCGUGCUUUGCUGCUGCUCUCGGCCCUUUACCUGAUGCAAGGGGCCCAUCUCUUCCGGUGGGCUCUUCUUCUACCAGCAAUGAUGAUGGUGACACGGUUGCCCGCAGUUCGAUCGCCGAAGGCUUUCUUGAUUCCUCUAGCGACUGUGGAAGCCAGAGGGCCCGAGCCGUGA